CGAUUUGAGUCCGUCAUUAGUAGCAAAAAUUUUCUCGAAGUGCAAGCGAAGUACUCCCCCGUAAUUGAUCGGAGAAGUUUUGUGUGAGUUAAGCGAAAAAUUAAUCGUGCAAUGGAUCCAUUUGGUGAUGCAAACUUCGAGCAAACCGAGGUCGAUCCCGCGGCGGAGUUUUUAGCUCGAGAGCAGAACGCACUUGCCGGAUUGGAGGAUGAAAUUCCUCUCGCACAACCAGCAGUCACAGGAAACGGGGUGGCGAACGGUGACGUGACUCAAUCCAAAGCAGAUCCACUGGGACUAGAGUUCGAAUCGACUGGAAGCUUUGAAAUGAUCAAUCAUGACGCUGACGCCGGCGGUCUGCCGGAUUUCGCCGCUCCAGUACAGCUGGACGCUGCCGACCAUGACGUUUUAUCCACUAGCCCCAUUAAGACGAAAGAAGAAGAUGAAAAUGAUGAUUUUUCAGGGUUCACAGUGCCCAAACAAGUGACCGAGGAACCGGAGCGGAUCCGCAAGUGGCGCGAGGAUCAGAAGGCCCGCCUGGAGGAGAAAGAUCGCGAGGAAGAGCGCAAGAAGGAGGAGCUGCGCGAACAAGCUCGCAAAGAGCUCGAAGACUGGUACAAACAUCACGACGAGACCAUCUCCAAGACCAAAGCGGCCAAUAGGGAGUCGGCCAAGAACGCCGAGAAGCAGUUCGUGGCCGAAACGGACGAAAUCGAGCCGGGCACCGAGUGGGAACGCAUCGCCAAGCUGUGCGACUUCAACCCAAAGACGAACAAAUCGAGCAAGGACAUCUCGCGGAUGCGUUCGAUUGUUCUGCAGCUCAAGCAGAACCCGAUUUCGACCGCUAAAAAGGUUUAAGACACCUGCGGACAGUCCAGCGGAGGGAAACGAUAAAUAUAGAUAUGUAUAUGUCAUCGAUCGAAGUAAGGGAAAUUCACAUUGUUACUAUAAGAGGACAAACUAAUAGACAGAAUGAUUUACAGCGUUAGUAAAGGAUUAAGAGAGAGAGAAAAAAACACAUCAAGCUUUCAUCUACUUGAAAACUUUAUUGAUUAUACGAUAGUAUUGGUUGAGAUUCUCCGGAUUCGAGAAGAUACUGAAUAAACACUGGGUUCCUAUUAGAGGGGAAUCCUGUCCAUUGUUUUGUGAUCUUUAGCUGCAGAGGUUUGCCAUCCUUACGUUUUAACAGUAUCGAAUGAAAUUGCUCCAAUAAAUAAAUAAUUAUUGCGAGAAGAAGAUAGCUAGAUGUAUUUUUGGAUCGAUUUUUCUUUUCGCUUGUCUCUGUGUCAACUUUAUCAUUCCUUGUUCGUUUUGCGCUAGAAUACUGUAUUAGUUUAAAUCAAAACAGAAAAAAUCUUAGUAUCUCAUUCCCUAUUGUUCUUUUUAUUUUCUUUUUUUUUUGUUUCGGCUUUUUCAUCCUGGAUCGGCUGCAAUUACUGUUCUCAUUAAGUUUUGACGUUUUCUUCUCAAGGUGGAAAAAAAUGUUCAGAAACGCAAACAAAGAUAGAACCAAUUAUAAAAAAGAACAGAGAAACACCUUUCAAGUAGACGAACAUUUAAAUUACCUUAUCGAUAAUGCAACACAUAGAGUACUAGAAGUAUCGUUAAUCGUAAUUAAAAAAAAAACUAAAAAUGUACUGUAUAUGAAAAUGUUGUAGGUGGGGAAAAAAUAAAACUAUACUGUUAAAGAGAAAGAGAAAUCCUAUUCGUUCUAA